GGCGAAGUCACAGAUCAGGUCGAACGUGGCCAGCCAUAACGCUCAUUGAGAAGCAGUGCUAUUGCAGCAUUAUUGUACCCCGUUCGACAGAGUCUGUGCCGUGUCUGUCGCUCAUUACCUUUGGAUUUCCACCAUUUCUGUUGUCGCAUUUCGUUCGAGUAUGUUGGCUGCAGGCGCUGUUUUACUGACCUUUCUCUCAUAACCACCGUCUCAUCUCGAAAUUCCCUUGUUACUUUGAAUUGAAUUUGAACAUACGACCUUGAUAACCAACAUUCUUCACCCCGCUGCAGUCGUCUACAACUUCCAUCGAUCCAUCCUACGCCGAUUCGAAACGCAAACCGGGUACGGACAUGUUCUUCCUCAAAGAAGAAUCAAAAACCGUGACCCUCCACCCUUCCUACUUUGGCCCGAAUGUGAAAGAGUAUUUAAUCAAUCGGCUGAACGAAGAGGAAGAGGGGAGAUGUACGGGCGACCACUUCGUGAUCUGUGUGGUGGACAUGGUAGAUGUUGGUGAGGGACGGGUGAUACCAAGCAGUGGGCAUGCCGAAUACACAAUCAAGUACCGCGCUAUCAUAUGGAAGCCAUUCCGAGGCGAGACGGUCGAUGCGAUCGUGACCUCUGUUAAACCCACGGGCAUUUUCACACUAGCAGGCCCUCUGUCGGUCUUUAUUGCGCGCAAAAACAUUCCGUCAGAUAUCAAAUGGGAACCAGGGACGGUUCCGCCGCAGUAUACCGAUCAUGCCGACCAGGUGAUCGAGAGAGGGACCAGUCUGCGGUUGAAAAUCCUCGGUGUUAAGCCCGACGUCUCGGCUAUCAAUGCCAUUGGCACCAUCAAAGAAGACUACCUAGGAACACUUUGAGAUGGCCGCCAACGAUAUAGAGAAUAUGCGCUGCUCUAGCUACAGACUAGCUAGCUUCUCGCAGCUGCAUGUAUUUUGGACGACCGGAUGGAUGUUUGUAAACAUCCGGCGUGGACAGACCGCGAUACCCAUUCCCAUUCUGUGAUGAGCCUGUUCAUUUUAUUCAUAAAAGUAAGACCAAAUAAACGAAUAACGGUAGCUAUCCAUGUACACACUACACAGUAAAGAGAGUAGAGGCUAGACUGAGCUGUGGGUAACCGUUAGAAACUCACAGCGAGCUACUGCAGUAUGCAACCCAAUCGCACAGGCACCGGUG